CAGAAAAUGAAUAGAUGGUUGGUUCGUGAGAGGGGCCGUCGAGGUGACUGGUUGAGAAGAGACAGCGCCCAUUUUUUCCGUUGAACUGGUUGCCGAGGUCGUAUUUGUUGGUUGCUUCUUCGGGAAGGAGGAUGUUCUGGUCCUUUUAUUUUUCGGCUUUGAGUCUUGAUCAUCAGAUGCUGACUUCCUCUUCUUAUUGUUGGCAGGGGCUGAGGGACUGGCUGAGGCUGAUGAAGAGAAUGCUGGUUCUGAAGCAGAUCCAGCUUUGAGGCGUGCUUGCAGAAUCUUCCAAUUCGAUGAGAGUUCUGGGGCCAUGAUGGCGGAUUCGAGAGUUGGUAAUGUUAUUUCAGGAGCAUCCAGUCGGGAUUUAUGAACCUCGACAGUAUUGAUGAUGUUCUAGGUGUUGGAGUUAAGUGAGGAUAAAUACAUUGAGAUUUGCACCAUGAACGAAAGUGGACCAGUGAGGUGAAGUUUCGAAAGGGUUAGGGUUGGCACCGCCCCUGCUUGAGAUUUAAGCCAAGGACUUUUUGAGCAACAGCCGCAGCCAUCAAGGUGCCUGACAUGGAUUGUUCUGGGCCACUGGCGUGGCGCCAGAAAUUGUGGACCGUGCCCCAGAAGUCCAUCUUUUGGAGGGGCAAUUAAUUCACUGCAACAGCUCUCAAAUCCUAAGCUGAACUGCAAUUGAGUACUUCGUAGCCAAGUCGCAUCACGACGCCCAUCAACUUCCCACCAACCUCCGACAGCGCGCAUCGAAAUUCAUCAUGAGUCCUAGCGGAGAAGCAACCGCCGGCCGCGAUGAGCCACGGAAAAAGGGCAUCGCGACAGCGGACACUCUUGUCGCUGGAUGUGUCGCUUAUGUUACAAAAGAUGGCGAACCGCGUCGCGCAACCAUUCUGGGCAUCAGGGAGACAAAAAGUGGGCGCCAAUGGUAUGCAAACUUCGACAGCUUUAACAAACGUCUCGACGAGUGGGUGCCGCAAGCAAGGAUAAAUUUCGACAAGGAGGUCGAGUGGCCGAACCCCGAAAAGGAUAAACCAAAGGACCCAAAGAGCAAGAAGACAACCGCCGCAACAUCCAAGAAGUCACAACCGUCUAAGAAGAACCAGAAACGAGUCAGUAAAAGGGAACAGUCGGUUGCAUCCGAAGGCCAGACGCCACACCCCUGGACGGAAUAUGUCGAGAAUGGGCAACACAAGGAUAAGAAUCAGGAGACGGAGGAGAAAUCCAUGGGGAGUUUGGAAGUGGGAGGAACACCUGGCGUUCUUGGACCAGACGAAAUGGAAAUCGACGAUGACGAGACACCAGCCGGCGCAGCCAAAAAGGACAGCCUCGGCCCUUUUAGUCGUCAGCAAGAGAUUGAAAAACUCCGGACGUCAGGGUCCAUGACUCAAAAUCCAGCUGAGGUAUCACGGAUCCGAAAUAUCUCACAAGUCGAGUUUGGACGGUACGUGUUGUUUCCAUGGUACUUUUCGCCAUACCCCGAAGUGUUCAGCCAGGAGGAGUCCAUUUUCAUCUGCGAGUUCUGCCUGAGCUACUACGCGGACAUGAAAUCUUUCUCAAGACAUCGGCAGAAGUGCACACUUCAACACCCCCCGGGAAACGAGAUCUAUCGGGACGACUUUGUGUCAUUCUUUGAGAUAGAUGGCAGGAGGCAGCGAACGUGGUGUCGGAACCUGUGUCUGUUGUCAAAGAUGUUUCUUGAUCACAAGACACUUUACUACGAUGUCGACCCAUUCUUGUUCUACGUCAUGACGACGAGAGACGAGCGAGGGUGUCAUCUUAUUGGAUAUUUUUCCAAGGAAAAGGAAAGUACAGACGGUUACAACGUUGCGUGUAUUUUGACGCUCCCACAGUAUCAGCGGAAAGGUUAUGGUCGUCUUCUGAUCCAGUUCUCGUACGAACUUUCCAAGAUUGAGGGCAAACUUGGAUCACCGGAAAAGCCGCUCUCAGAUUUGGGUUUGCUGAGUUACCGCCAGUACUGGUCAGAAAACAUCAUCGACCUGCUGCUGGGCUUUAGCGAGAGAGAUGAGAAGUGCACCAUCGAAACCAUUGCACAGCACCUUGCCAUGACGGCCACCGACGUUGAGCAUACCCUUCAGGCACUAAAGAUGCAGGUCUACCAUAAGGGUGAGCACAAGAUCGUGCUGUCGGACAAGCUGGUGGAACAGCGGGCCAAGAGCAGAACGAAACAAAAGAGACUGAUUGAUCCUGAACGGAUCCAGUGGAAGCCACCCGUGUUUACAGCAUCAUCAAGAACUUGGGGUUGGUAG